AUGUACCGGGCAGUGUCAGAUGAAGUGUACCCGCCUUUGAACACUAAUGUCGCCAGCUUGCCAGGCGUCCUGUGGUAUCUCCACCAUGAGGUCGUCAUUCAAGCGCCCCGCAAGUUCCAAAUCUCGCGCAUCCUGCGCUACAAGGUGCAGAUGCGAGCAACUGCACCGCUUCUUCGGCUCGGAAUGCACUUCGGAGUGCGAUUGGCCUAUGACAAGGGGCAGGCCACGGGCCCUUUUGUUUGUGGUCGCACGAAUAUCACGAACAAGGACGGAACAACAGAAGGUUACAAGCCAAAGUUCUGUGGUGAUGGGGCAGCAUUCAAGGAUCAGUAUCUUGGAGAUCUCAAGCCGUACAAGAACGAAUACGAGUACGCCGCCUAUGGAUACAACGUUGGCUGCAACAACCUGGGUGAGUAUCCGUUCCCCAUGCACCAGGUGUACUACCCGAACGCGAUUUGGUACACAAUGCCAGGUGCUUGUCCGAACAAUCUGUACUUCAACAAGGACAACUCCUGCCAGGCUAGCCAGCCCGGAGGCUAUUGCCCAGGCGUCGAGCCAAAUGGCAAUGGCACCUGUACGUGGAACUACGAGGAAGCCGGUGAGAUCAGCCUCGAUGAGUUGGUGGGCAUCAAGGACUAUGCCUCUUGGAGGCACGGCCACAGAGAGUAUGAUCCGGAAACCGAUGAAGGCAUCAAGUUCAGUUGGUGGAACGGAAUUAAUAGCACGACUGCGAACGAGGAGCGCGUGCGACAGGCUGCCGAGCUCUUUGACAGAAGGUAUCCAGGCAUGCCGACAGUCGCCGAGCUUACCAAUCCCCCGUGCGACUUUGAUUUCGGGUCCUUCUACAAGGAGUGGUACCGCAAGGACGGCUACGUUGGACCCUGUGGACCUCCCAAUGCAAAUUGCAAAGGUGGCAUUGGCUGGAUUCGCCAGGAAGGCCUUUCGCAGCAUCCGAAGUGGUACGUGCCCCUCACCGACUCCGCCAGUGAUGAUGAGAUCCAGCGCCUGCUGUACCAGCUAGGAAAGAACGAGUGCCUGCGUCCGUGCGAGAGGGGUGAGACUCCUACCGCGUCUACGCCCAGCACGAAAGCUCCUUGA